GUGAGAUCUUGGAAUCAAAUUACUUUGAGCAUGUUGUGACUUUCUCCCCCUUUUACUUUUUCCCUGAUAAUUUUUCACAUCUUUCAUGGAAUCAGUGCAACCUUUUGUAACUUAAUCUUCCUUGAUUUUUUAAUACGCUAAUAUGGUUUGCACAGUCAAUCUCCUAACUGGUGCAUAUGUGGCGACAGGUCUUGCACCACCAUACGUGCUAUGUUUCCAGUAACUGUGCUUAAGAACGUGACUCUAUUUUGUGUCUGAGGCUCAGAUACUUGACCCUCCCUCUUAUUUUCUUUUGAUUUGUUUGUUGUUCAGAACCUAACUUUUCUUGUAACUUUUGUUGUAUAGCCAAAUAUUGCACUUGGGAAGGUUGUAAAAUCUCAAGAUCAAGUGAGGUUGAGUUUGAAGUCAACAACCUAAUGUUUGGAAGAUGAUGCAUGCGGUAAAAUUGUCCUUUUGGAAUGAGUGCUAGACAGUACCAUGGUAAGUGCCACAUUAAUUGCUGGCUUUCACUAUGGUUUUACAGGUAUACUCCAGAGUGAGUUGGUAGGACAUGUGCAGAGCUCUGCAGACACAAGAAGCUAAUGAAUUAUAUCUGUUCUGUGAAGGCACUUCCCAUCUCAUUUGUCCUAUUUGUGCUGUUGUGGUACAUUUCUUGGCUUUGUUUUAUUGAUGAGAAUGAAUCAUUUAGUGGCAAGAUGUUUGGUUCAUGUGAGAUUCAGAUCCUAAAGCCAUUCUUUUAGAUCUUUGUACAUUUUUUCCUGUAAUACAGUUCCUUAGUUGCCUUAUUGCUAUCUACUACUGUUUUCCUCUUAUUCUUUCUCUUACCUGCUCUUGCUGGAUUCAAAAAACUUCUGAAACAUAAACGGUAGGAAACCAUGCGAUCUCUCUUUCAUCGGGUCAAGUAGGCAACUAUUAUGUGCUGUGGGGCAUCAGACGCAAUUGACCGCCAGGUAGUCAUCUUCCCCUGAUUCUUUUGUACUCUGCUUGUAACUAUAAGUAGAGCUGCAAGGAACGGGAGCAUCAUCAACUUCUCUUUCUGUUUUGUUUCCUUCAUAGCUUCUUCCCUGCGGACCAUGAUGUUGAAGACAAUGCAAAACUUCCUUCAUGGAAGGCCUGGAAGAUGGUAAAUUGCUUGUACAUAUAAGCCCCAGCUUGUACACUGAAGUCAUUUCCUCCAAGUGAGAAGGUUCGUAGACCUCCGGAUCAAAUAUUUCAACCUCAGGCCUUCCCUCAGGGUAAUGCUGCCAUGCCCAUUCUGCAAGGCUCGUGUGCUCAUCUCCACAUUUGGCUUCUCUUCCCGUCACCAAUUCCAGAAGUACCACUCCGAAGCUGUACACAUCAAUUUUUUCGUUCACCCUUCUAGUGUACGCGUAUUCUGCGGUACAUAAAACAGGUAAGCAAAU